AUGCCAGACAGGAAGCGUGUCAUUCUCUUCAAAAAGAAGGACACUGACGACAAGUACAAUCAACUGCUCCUGAAGCACCACUUUGAGCCCGAAUUCAUCCCCGUACUAGAUCAUAAGCUAAUCAACAUCGAUGCUAUCAAAGCUAUCAUCCAAAAUGGACCCAACAGAGAACAGCUAUGCGCAAUGGUCUUGACGUCACAGAGAUCAGUUGAAGCUAUAAACGAAGCCUAUAAGGAAUUAACCCGUCUAGACCAACAUGUACGCGAUGAAUGGAAUUCAUUGCCAAUCUACAUUGUUGGACCACAGACAGCAGAAGCAUUAGCCCAAUUGCCCUUAUUUCGAGACACCAAUCAUGAUGGCCAUUGGACCGUUGCUCCUCGAGCAUCUGAACUAAUCAAGUCAUUUAGUGCGCAACAUCUUGACUCGACUGUAUUAUUUUUAGCUGGUGAUAAACGUCGUGAAAUUAUACCCGAAGCAUUAAGCGCGGCACACAUUUCUCUACGGGAAAUAAAGAGCUAUGUUACAUGUGCUCAUCCUGAUUUAGCAAACCGCAUCAAACAAGACGACAAGACACUGUUACAAGCAGACUGGACAGUAUAUUUCAGUCCUUCGGGCCUGAAAUUCCUCCUGGAUCAACUCGAUGAUAAAACGCGUUUCUUGGCAAAUUCAAACAUUGCAUCGAUAGGACCUACUACAUCUGAUUAUAUAACGAAUGAACUGGGAUAUCAAGUGCAGGUUGAAGCAGAAAAACCAGACGCUGAGCAUUUAGUACAGGCUAUAUUAAACUACUCAAAGAAAUAA